GCCAAAAAAUGUUUCGUCUAGCCCCUUUUGAAACCCCCAAAAUUAAGUCGUGAGGAAACCUCACGGACUAGCAAGGCCCAAUGCUGUUGUUGAAAGCGAAAAGCCUAGCCAGAGGCGGCGGCAUCCAUUAUCCUUCCAACUGAGGUGCUUUUAAUUUGCUCUUCGAAAGAAAGACGAGCGACCUUCUGCUUGACGUCGCGGUACCGGUAGCAACCAUGGCUUCACCCACCAGCGGUAUUGAUCCUGCGGCGGCUGCCAAGAUCCUUGAGGAAAUGGAUGAAGCGACUAUUGAGCGCUAUGCAGAGGAUGAGGCCUUUCGCACAGAGUAUGGUCCAAGCAUUGAUCACUACGGAAACUACGGAGAGAAUAAUGCCUUGGAAGGCCUCCGAAUUGUCUUGGACUACGGCCACUUUGGCACCUGCAUUGGCACUGUACGUGCCCAUGGUAGUGACGAGUUGAAAGCUGUGUGGACCUGCUCUCCCAAGCAUGAUGAGGAAUUUGAGAUCAACAUGGAAGCUGAUCAGAUCAUUGCCUUCUACUUUCACGGCAGAGGCUCUGGGGAACAACCAGACUGGUUCAGCAAUGAAGAAGACUAUGGCAAGCAUGUUUCUUCAUUCCUCUGCCUUCCAGAAGGAACCAAGUUGGUGGACUGGGCUGUUCCCUUGUGUGCCAGUGACUUUGAUCUUGGCAUUUUGGAUGAUGAAGACCCCAACAAAAAGGAACGCUGGCGGGCCACAGUUGCAAGGCUCACAGAUCCAGAUGCGGCUCGCAUCCUUUCUCCUGGCAUCAAGGGAUUUCCAACUACUAUGGUACUAACCACCCUUCUCAUCUGCAAGGACCUUGACUCCUACGGAACCAAACUACCCACUCUGAUCACGGAAGAAAACAAGGAAGUGUUUGAGCUUGCUGACAAGUUCACUCGACAGCUCAGCAAUGGAAAUGUAUCAAAGAUUGGAAGGUUGCAAAAACUUGUGCAGCAGGUUGCAGCAGAGGUAAAGAAACAAAAAGUGAACAAUUGGCGUCAAGCCUACAAUCAGGUCCAGGCAUUGAUUUUGACUCUCUCUGACUCCUUUGAGAGACCAAAUCGCGGAUGGACCUAUUCCAAUGAUCUUGAGAUGGUGGAUGAGAUUUCCAAAAGGAUCGUUGAGGUGGUGUCAUCUGUUCUAUUGCAUCCUCCCUCUGAAGAAAUGCAGGGCCUUGUGGACAAGGAUAUGGCAGCAUUCCUCCUUGAACACUUGAAGGCUGGGUCGUUUUCAGACUUUGUGGAGGAGGAUGACUUUGCUGAAGCCUAUCCCGCCGUUGCCGAGACCUGGACGCAACUCGUCGGCAAUGAAGAAGGUGGUGAAUAGGACUACGACGUCUAACCAACGGCACAGCUCUGGGAAUUUUGCAGGGAGAGAAAUAAAUAACCAAUUGGGAGAAGCUUGAAGUAUACCACCGAUGGCCGGGAUAACAUGACAAUUUGACUUAUUGGAGUGGGGAUGGAUGAAGUAAGGGGCUGGAACAAGGUAUCUGAAUACCACUGUGCUCUUUGGAUUUGCGUUGCUGUUGCUGCGUUGCCUGAACUGAACCGUGCCUAUAUAGUAUGUAACUCAUCUAUCUAGAAUGAGAAAACUCGG